AUGUCAAUAUUCUUGGUACUUUUUGUGCUUUGUGCUCUUUUUCUCAAGCCUAUCCUCUUUCCUCGCACGGGAAAACUUCCCUUUAUUCCGUUCCAUAUAUCCCUUUAUGACGCCCUGCGCGGUGUUGGAAAAACGGGGUUUUACGACAACCGCCUCCGACCUUUGACAGAGAAGUAUGGCGCUGUGUGGUACUGGAGUGCCGGGCGAUGGGUCGUGAUUCUCACUAAGCCGAGCUAUCUUACUCGCGUUUUUCGGAAUGAGCAGACCGUCUCUAAGGCUGGAUUCAUCAAAAAGGUACCAUGGGGCGUGUUUGCGCGGUUGAUGGGAGAAAAUAUCAUCGAUGCCCAUGAUGAUCAAUGGAAGCUCUUUUCGUCGAUCAUGAAACCAGGUAUCCAGCGACCGUUUACCAUCGAUUCUCUUGUUCAAAAGUCCGAAAAGCUUGCACAGCUAUUCUUGGAGAAUCAAGAGCAGACAUCAUCCAAUAUGGGAGUCACUAUUGAUCCUUUCGUGCAUCGCUGGGCGGUCUCGGUUUUUGGCGAAUAUUUUCUUGAUGUCGAACUGGGCUGCUUGGAAAACGCACACGUCAGGCUUGAGCAGCUGAUCGGCGAGCUCAACGACUCUGUAAUUCCACUUGGUCCGAUUUUCACCGAGUUUCCCAUCCUCGAACGACUGUGGUGGCUGUUCCCUGCUCGUCGUCGCGCCUUUGCGCUGGUCGAUGAGAUCGACUCUCUCAUUGUCGCGCACACGGAACAUCAUCUGAGCAAUCCACCCUCGCCAGAAAAUGUCAACAAAAUGAUUCACUUUUUGCAACGCGCUCGUUUGGAGGGUACCAUUUCCGAAUGGCACUACCGUUCAAAUCUCAAUAUGAUGUUCAUUGCCGGGAACGAAAAUAUGCUCUUUGCGGUGACCUCGGCCAUGUGGGAGCUAGCCAAGAACCUCAACAUCCAAGACGAUCUUCGAAAGGAAGUUAACUGCUCUCUAUCAUCUGAUUAUUCCGCCAAUGAUGUCAAUGCUCUACCACUUUUGGCAGCUGUCGCCUAUGAGACUCUUCGCCUCUACCCGCCGUUGAGCCAAUUCAUUAACCGCCUUGCGCUAGACGACAUGCCUCUGGAUGACGUGCAUGUAAUCCCGAAAGGCACAUGGGUUGGGUGGAGUGCCUACGGUGUGCAAACAGAUCCUAAUGUCUGGGGCCCAAGAGCAAAGGAGUUCGAUCCAUCCCGAUGGGGAUCAACUAUUGAAGAAAUCAACGACGCGUUUCGUCUUCAUCAAUCCAAGGGAAACUACAUCACGUUCAAUGGCUAUACGAGACGGUGCCUUGGAAGUGGAUUUGCUCUGACGCAGAUGAAAGUGGUGCUGUGUGAACUCGUGAAGAAAGUAUCUUGGACGAAAGAUCCUAGUUACCAACUCACUACCACCGUUGUAAGUUUGAACUCUCAAAGCAAUCAAUUAAAAAGGAGCUAA